GGAUCAACGACCUUGCAUGGAUUGGUACUAUGGCCAAGGUGCUACAACUCAGAUGCUCGCAGCCAGUGUCGGCAAUACGCGACCACUUGAAAGAUUCCUUGGCGCUUACUGCAAACUGGAGCUUCCCCUGAAAGGCACGCGGAAAGUGCCUGUUCAGGGAACUGAUAUAAGUGACCGCAUGAUGUCGGGUAGCACCGCUCUGCUUCUUGCUGCCCAGAAUGAAUACCUUGGAUCUCUUGAACAUCUUCUCUCACGAAGCGCUAGGAUCAAUACUGCGACAUGACACGGGUCCACGGCAUUGAUGGUAGAGACCAAGUGCCAUCACACCCUCCUGCCUCCAAGCAUUGCUUGAUCACGGCGUAGACUGGGAUUCAAAAACUACCAAGGGUGUAUAGCGCUCCAAAUCUGCGUAAUCAAACGUUGAAUGGAUGUCGCCGCAUUGCUUCUCAUUGUAGACGUAGAUAUCGAGGCGGAGAAAGACCAUGGGCUAAGGCCCG